GUGGUUUAAGGAGGAGCACCGUGACCUUUGACCUGCAGCCCCCGGCAGAGGGAGAUGGAUGCAGACAGCUGACAGCGCGAGGAUCUGAGCCGGGCGCGCUCCGUGACCUUCCUGUGUGCGACUGACCGACAACAUGGACGGCAACACGGACGACCUGUUCCACCCCAGUCUGGAGGAGACCAUCCUGAAACUGGAUCCGGAGGACGGCAAGCAGGUCAUGGAGUACUUCAAAGCCCACGCGCUGCUGAUUCGAGAAAAAAAUCUGCUGCAGGCCUCCAUCAGAGAGCAGAAGAAGCUGCUGGUGGAAAACGCCAAACUGAAGAACGACAUCGCACAGCUGCGAUCUCAGCUGCAGGACAAGCAGGACAAGAAGCGCCGCGCCGGCAAAGCUUUGCUGUCACAAGCCCCGCCCCCAAAUAACAAUGACCACACCCCAGCCCUGUCUAACGACCAGCCUGCUUCCAAAACUGGAGCCACAGCCGCUCAACCUGUCAAUCAUCUUCCUCCCUCCCCUUCCUCCCAUGAGGGGGGGGACAGACGGGGGAGAAGAAGAAGAGGAGAGCGGAGAGCCCCUCCCACGUCUGACCCCUUCUGUCUGGGGGCGGAGCCCCGCAUGGACGCCUCACGCCUGGACCUACGGGUGGGACGGCUCCUCAGUGUUAGGCCCCACCCACUGAGCGACGGCCUGAGCGUCCAGGAAGUGGACGUGGGAGAAAACGGCCCCCGAACGGUGGUCAGCAAGCAGGGGGGGGGGACGCACCUGGAUGAGCGCUCCCUGGUGGUGGUUUUGUGCAACGUCAAAGCCUCCAAGUUAAGGGGUGUGGUCUCCCAGGCACGCCUCCUCUGUUGCUCCGCCUCCGAUGACUGCGUGGAGAUGCUGGCCCCCCCUGUAGGCUCCGCCCCAGGCGACAGAGUCACUUUCCUCAGCUACCCUGGCGACCCGGACCGGGAGCUGCAGUCCAAACAGCGGGUCUGGGAGGUGCUGAAGACCGACCUGCAGGUGGACUGCAGGGGCGUGGCCAACUACAAGGGCUGCGCGUUCGAGGUGAAGGGGAAGGGGCUGUGCCGCGCCCCCUCCCUGGUCAACUGUGCCAUCAGAUAGAUCCUCCUGAGGCGCUUCUGCUGCAGAACCCGGAUGAGGAAGACACCGCUGAACGUUUAAAAAGAAAACGUCCUAAAGACGAAUGAAUGAAGCUUCAGUCUGCCCUCAGUUUGUGUCUCAAGUUUCUAAAAGUUUCAGGUCAAACUUUUCAAACAAAUCUGUCAAAGACGUUCAUUAAAGAGUCUAUUAAACGUGACAUUCUCUGUUCCUAACAGCAGAUUACAACAACCUACGGUCCACUUUCUGACUCUAGCAGUUCAAACAGAAAUGUCUUCUUUAUCAACUUCUCUGUUUAACAGUUGACUGACUCUGACUCUGUUCUUCUGCCGCCAGCCCCGACCCUCGCCUGGAUUUUGACCUUCCUGCCUCUCCUCUCAUGAUCUGAUGCCUGUUACUGACCCCUCCAUGCCUGACCCUGAUUCACCUUUGUAGACUUUUAACUGAGCUAAUAAACCUGCUGAAUUUGGA